AUGGGAGGCGAUAAUUCUAAGCUUGGGUAUCGAAAUGCUGUUAUACAACUUACCACAAAGACUCAGCCAGUUGAUUCAAACGAUAACAAUUUUUGGGACCAGUUUUGGGCGGAGUAUUCUAUGUCCAUCCAAGAUAUUUUUGCCCUUAUUCCUGCAGCUGAAAUCCGGGCUUUAAGAACAGAAGCUCCAAACAAUCUGGCAACUUUGUGUUAUAAGGCUGUCGAACGCAUUGCACAUGUAGCCGAAUCGGCUUCACCAACCUCAAAAGAUCAGCUAACUGUUCUAAACUGUAUACGACUGUUAACUAGGUUAUUGCCGUAUAUAUUUGAGGAUGCUGAUUGGCGUUCAUUUUUUUGGUCACCACUUCCGGCUGAUCCUUCGGCUACAGAAGGUGAGUUUGUCCCUCUAGCCCAAAGUUUGCUGUCAGCACUAUGUGACUUGCUGUUUUGCCCAGAUUUUACCGUCCAUUCUAUCUCCAAAUCCGGUCCUGAAAGUCCAGAAGAUAUGCAUACCAUUGACAGCUGUGAGUAUAUUUGGCAGUCUGGUGUAGGCUUUGCACAAGUCCCCAUAGUAAAUGCUGUGCAUGAUUCUAAUCGGACAGAAAUUCUUAAACUUAUUUUAACCUGUUUUUCUGAGACAAUGUAUUUGGAACAAGAGGAAGCUCAUCGUGCUGAAAAUAAAUGGGUUACAUUUUUAACAAGCACAGGGAACAGACAUGCAUUGCCAUUAUUCGCCUCUCUCUUAAAUGUCGUAUGUGCAUAUGAUCCAGUUGGUCUGGGGGUACCAUAUAAUCACCUUAUGUUUCCGGAUUCACGUGAACCUCUGGUUGAAGUGGCUCUACAAAUUCUUUGUAUAACCUUGGAACCUGAUUCUAUGAUAUCCAGUCCUACUUACUCAACUACAUCGUUUGGUGAUUUGAACUCACCACACAGUCAUCUGUGUUCAGAUGCCGAUGAACAGCUUAGUUUGAAUGGGACUGCAACGAUUAGUCAGAACAGUGGAGCAGGAGAUGUAUGGAAUAAUGAAACGAAUCUGUUUGUAAAUUAUAUGUCACGUAUACAUAGAGAUGAGGAUUUUGCAUUUAUUCUGUCAGGAAUAAAUCGACUACUAAAUAAUCCACUAACUCAAACUUAUCUUCCGGGAUCCAGUAAAAAGGUUCAAAUGCAUCAAGAACUUUUGGUAUUCUUUUGGCGAAUGUGUGAAUGCAAUAAGAAGUUUAUGUACUAUGUGUUAAAGUCGAGUCAAGUUUUAGAUUUAGUUGUGCCUAUUCUAUAUCAUCUCAAUAAUUCUCGUAAUGAUCAAUCACGAAUGGGAUUAAUACAUGUGGGCGUAUUUAUCCUAUUGUUACUUAGUGGGGAAAGAAAUUUCGGUGUACGUUUAAAUAAACCUUAUCGUCAUCGUUCCUUGAUGGAUGUACCAGUAUUUACUGGGACACAUGCUGAUUUAUUAGUUAUAGUUUCUCAUAGAUUGAUUACAGCUGGGCAUAAUCGUCUAAAUCCCCUAUUCGAUUGUUUGUUAACAAUCAUAGCUAAUGUUUCUCCAUAUGUAAAAAGUUUAUCCAUGGUAUCAUCAAACAAAUUGUUGCAUUUAUUGGAUGCUUUCAGUCAGCCUUGGUUCUUGUAUAGCAGUCCAUCUAAUCAUCAGUUAGUGUUUCUUUUAUUGGAAGUGUUCAACAAUAUCAUACAAUAUCAGUUUGAUGGUAACAGUAACUUAGUUUACACUUUGAUUAGAAAACGUCAAAUAUUUUAUCGAUUAGCCAACUUACCCACUGAUCAAGCCAGCAUUCAUGGCAUAAUUAACAAGCAAACCAAAUCUCAAGGUGGAGUUUAUACUACAAUAGAUAAUACUAGUGUUUCAUCUCGAAUGUCUGCUGCUGAGAUUAGAAAAUCACAAUCGAACGAAUCUUCGACUUGCAAACCUUUAUCAAUUACAGAAACAUCAAAAUCAAGUUCUUCUAAUCAUUCACCAAUAGACUCAGUUCAUCCUGAUGAUGAUACCGUAAACUCGAUUGAGUCUACUGACCAAGUAUCUCAGUCAAAUGAACUUUAUAUAAGCAAACCUAGAGAUUCAAUUCAAGCAAGCCUAGCAGAUAUACCUCCUCUACACAAAAUGACUGACAAACGUCUAGGAAAUGCUGUUCAACUAGAUGAGCGUUACUCAAAUCCUUCAAACACUGUAGAAAUUGAAAAUAAUUUAAUUUCACAUUCUUCACCUGGUCAGCGUAUCUCAGUAGAUAGUAAGGAGGUAGAUAAGGAUUCAACAGAUGAUAUCCAUGCACAUUCAUCACAUAGAUCUGGAAUUUCGGAGAAUUCUUUAACUAGUGCAAGUCAAUCCAAAGAAAUCUUGGAAGCUGCAUUGAAUUCUGAUUCGAAAUCAUAUCAUUCUUCUACAAUUUGUAAAAGUUCAUACUCUCGUCCAACUAGUGAUGAAAAAUCGAAUGGAUUAAGUUCUCCUAACCGUUGGCAACCAUCUGGAGAAUGGGUAUGCACUUGGAAGUCUAAAAUGCCUUUUCAGACAAUUAUGCGUUUAUUACAAGUUCUAGUACCUCAAGUUGAAAAAAUCUGUAUUGAUAAAGGUUUAACGGAUGAAACUGAGAUAGUUCGAUUUCUUCAGAAUGGUACUCUAGUUGGUUUACUACCUGUACCACAUCCAAUACUUAUUCGUAAAUAUCAGUCUAAUGUUGGUACAACUAUAUGGUUUCGAAAUUAUCUAUGGGGACUGAUUUAUCUCAGGAAUGUCAAUCCACCUAUCUGGUAUGAUACUAAUGUUCGUUUAUUUGAAAUUCAACGGGUCUAA